ACCGACUCCAAUCCUCAACACCGUCACUCGAUUGCCUUCACUUCCCGCUUUCACCACCAUCACAACACCACACAACCAUCAACAUGCGUUUCUCAGUCGUUGUUCUCCCCGUCCUUGUUGCCGGCGCCGCUGCUCAGAGCUCUGCUAUCUCUUCCAUCCGCAGUGCUGCUUCCUCCGCUGCCUCCUCAAUCUCUGCCUCACGCUCUGCCUCCGCCUCCGCGUCUGCUUCGGCUUCGCACAGCGCCAGCGCAUCUAGGUCUGCUGCUUCCGCCUCCGCGUCUGCUUCUCGCAACGCCGCUGUUGGCAGCACUGCUGAGCUGAGUGGUCUUUCCGCCGUCAUCAUGGGCAUUGCCGCUUGGGCUCUCUAGAUAACUACUUCGAUUGAAUGAGGCAGGCCAAUGGGUAGCUCCUUCUUGAGUUGCCUGGGAUUGGGAAAUCGGGAAUAAAUGUUACGGUGAAGCACAAUUUGUGCCCUAGACAAUUUUAAAUCUUCGAAAGAUCAAAACACUUCCAGUUCCUGC